UGUCACCGUUACUACCGUUGCCGCCGCUUGUCCGUUCGUAUCAGUCGUCGUUCAUACGCCGCCGUAAAACGACCAGUUUUUCGGGGGGCGGGGUGACUCGCGCGUGUUCGUCGACGGACUCGUUAUCCCCCGACCCGGACUGCAUCACUAAUGUGAUAUCGUGGAUACGUACGAAUCAACCUAUUUAAAAAAUAUAUAUAUUUCGCUUAUCAAUAAUAAUAAUUGCCAAAGUUCGAGAUCGUGUUUUUUCGGUAUUUUUUAGCAAAAGAGUGUGCGUUUUGACGAGAGGUGAAUAAUAGAAAAAAAAAUAGAACGACCUUGUCUCGUGAUCGUCACAAUAAUAAUACAUAAACUUGGUAUCAUUGUUUAAUAUAAAUAUAGUGCUUCAAUAUGCGUCUACCGUCCAUGGAUGUACAGUUUGCGGUGAUAGUCUCGUAUAGUCGGGAUCGGUAGUCUUGAGCCUUCUUGAGCGUUCAACCACGCCUCGGCUUGCAAGUUGGUGUGGAAAUCAAGUAUCUGCAAGUAUCUGUUUAUAUCAGCUUUACAUUCUACCAACGAUAUCAAAAACGUUUUAUUCGAAAAUGCUGAAGUGUUUUACGUAUUUGAUUGGUCCGUGAUUAUAUAUUAUCACAAAUAAAGAAGACGUGUCGUUUUAAAAAAUCAUUGGAAAUAUUUGUUAUGAGAAAAAAUCGACCACAAAUUUUCUAUCAUCUCUGUCGAGUAUUUUAAGUUAGGAUCAGUGACAAAUGAUCAACAAAACGUCGGAGGCGGCGGCGGCGGCGAUCGAGCUGGCCGCCGCGGCCGCCGCGGACAGCUGUGGGACGGCUAGCAACAACGGGACGAUGUCCGGACCGGUCGCCAUGGUGACGGUGAUCGCGGUGAUCGCUGUGACCACGGCGCUGAUCGUGGUCACCGUGUUCGGCAACAUACUGGUCAUCAUGAGCGUGGUGCAGUACCCGCCCCUCCGUUCCGUCCCGAACAUAUUCAUCGUGUCGCUGGCCGUGGCCGACCUGACGGUGGCCAUCGGCGUGCUGCCGCUGAACGUCGUGUACAACGUGACGGGCGUGUGGCUGUUCGGCGGCGUCGUGUGCAAGCUGUGGCUGACGUGCGACGUGCUGUGCUGCACCGCGUCAAUACUGAACCUGUGCGCGAUCGCGCUGGACAGGUACCGGGCCAUCACGCAGCCGAUAGCGUACGCGCAGAAGCGGACCGUGUCGCGGGUCAUGUGGACGGUGGCGCUGGUGUGGAUCGCCAGCGCGGUGAUCAGCUCGCCGCCGCUGAUCGGCUGGAAUGACUGGCCGGACGUGUUCGACGAGAGCACGCCGUGCACGCUCACCACGCACCCCGGUUACGUGGUGUACUCGUCCAUGGGAUCGUUUUACAUACCGCUGGUGGUGAUGAGCAUCACGUACUUGAGAAUAUACGUGGCCACCAGGCGGCGGCUGAGGCGCCGGGCCAAACAGGUGGCCGUGUCCCAGGACAGUCGGCCGCAGCGGUGCGCGGAGGCGGCCGCGGCGCUGCCGGCGACGGCCGGUUCUUCGUGCAAGAUGAGAGAUGCGGACGCGGACGGCGGCGGUCACAUCAACGUCAAGAUGACCGCGGACGCGGCCACCGCCGACUCGGCCAGCAGCAGCGACGAGGUGGACGCGGCCACCAACGGUACGGGCGGCAGCGAAAAGCGGCGGACGGGCCGGACCGCGUCGGUGACCGUCCGGACGGAGCCGUCGGUGGGCAAGCACGUCAAUCAGCUGUUGGAGCACAAACAGCGCAUAUCGCUGUCCAAGGAACGCAAAGCGGCCAAGACGUUGGGCGUCAUCAUGGGCGUGUUCGUCGUCAGCUGGCUGCCGUUCUUCGUCAUCUAUCUGUUCUUCCCGUUCUGCAAAUCUUGCUGUCCGCCGUCCAAGGUGCUCGUCAACGUGGUCACGUGGCUCGGUUACCUGAACUCCACCGUCAACCCGAUCAUCUACACCCGGUGCAACAUGGACUUCCGGCGAUCGUUUAAGAAGAUCUUGCACAUGGACGGCCAACACCAUCACCAGCACUUGCAACAACAACACAAUCACCGCUGAACCGUUGAUGUACCUACCGCAACGGUGAACGGCGGUGACGCUGCACGGCGUAUCGUCUCGAUCUUCCAACUGUAUUCCCGUUUUUGUCCUCUUCCAUCGUCGCCUCCGCCGGUUUUUUGAUGACGAUACACAUAGUCGUUUGACAAAAGCAUCAGGAAAUAUAAUGUUUUUCAUUUCGAUGCGGAAGUUCUACACCAGACGCGGUUUGAUCGAUUCGUUUCUUUAGAAUCGAAUAUUAUUAUUAUAUCAUACACGACACGAGUCAACGUGCAAAAUAUAUAUUUUAUGUGUGCGAGUGUGUGUAAGGGUGUACAUAUAAUAAUAGGUAUUUCGUUGCUGUGGUGUUUUGUAAUCGAUUUUUAUAAAUUGUUUUGAUUCGUGAAAUGGCGAUACAUCGUCAAACUAGGUAUACGAAGUAUUCAAUAACCAGAUUGUUUUUGAAGUGAAACAUCCAGUUACUUUUUGUAUGAUUUAAGUAUUUUUUACUUUUAAGAUUCCAUUUUACAAAGUAUAAAUAUAGGCCAUAGUUAUACCUUUCGCUCAAAAAUUGUUUUCUCAUUUCGUCCGCGUUCCCACAAUCUAGCACUUCAAGAAUUGCGUAAUUGCUUAUGACAAUUUUUACAUUACAUUUUUAAGUUACGAAAUAUUUAACGACGUUCAAACCUGUAAUGAGUGUCGUCAAAAAAUGUGAAGGUCUCAUAAAAUACAAAUUUUAUAUAUUUUUUUUUGUUUUUGUAAAAAUAUUUAAUAUUGAAUAUUAUAUGUUUAUAUUUUAAUGAUCGUGAUUAAUUCAUCAGAUAAAUAUUAACUCUGCUGAAACUAUAAAUCGGGAUUUAUAUUUUUUGUAUGAAUAAUGUUUUUUUUUUUACCAAACACAUAUUAAUAUAUUGGUUCUAGAAAAUGAACUUUGGCCAGUUCCAUAAAAUAUAACAUUCCAUAAACGUUGUAAUUAAUAAUGUAUAAUUUACAUUGGAUAUGUUUAGUUUUUGAAAAAGUACUUAAGUGUUUCCAAAAAUAUCGAUUUUAAUUACGCGGACGAUAGAGGAAACAUAAAAUGUAUCAUAUCUGGGCGAACAGCGUAUCGUCCCAAACAUUAAAUACCAUAAAUAUAAUAUUAUGAUAAGUGCGUAUAAAUUUAUAAUAAUAUUAUACUAUUCACUAGCACCGAACAAAAUUGAUGACCGAAAAUACACGCUGAUUAUGAUUUAUGCAGAGGUUUUUCGUGUCAUAUAUAAUAGAAAUAAUAUACAUUAUGAAUAUUUUCAUUUAGAUUAAGCGAAAUUUCAAACCAAUAUUUGCAUAAAUUCUCAACCUGCUAAAGAGCACUAUACCUAAUUCAUGUUUAUUGACAUUUGAUUUGCCAUAUUUACAAAACGAUACUCAUAAUAAAAAAAUGUUUAUAUCAGAACACUGUGAAAUUAUUUUUGAAAACUUAUAACAUGCAAUGUGUGGUAAUCGACUAGAGAAAUUUUGAAAAAGCUACGUCAUUACAAAUUCAUUGUUUGAAUAGGUUUUUAAUAAAAUACCCAAACCCAACUGAACCUAAAAUAUAUUAUAUUUUAAAUUAUUGAUUGAGUUGAGUUUUGGGGAAAUUAAAUUUGUUGUGUUAUUAUUUCCUCUGAGGUACAGAAAUAUUAAUAUAAUAAUAUAUUCAAUCUGUUCGUGAUAAAAAAUAAUAAGGUCGUCUGUACAAAAACAAAUUUAUAUUUCUCUUCAUACUAGUAUACUACAGUACAAUACACAAUUGUUUUAUUAAUUUAUUUAUAAUUGUUCAACAAUGAAUACGAACCGAUAUAUGUCUACAGUAUUAUUAUAUUUUGUUUUGUUAAAAUAAUGUUUGUUAAUUGUUUACGUUAUUAUACCUAUACAAGAUAAGAAUAAAACCAUGUGCUUAAAAAAAUAUUUAUUCAAUAAAAUAUAUUCUAUUCAAGUUAUGAUUUAUGUUACAAUGUAAUUUUUAUUAUAUUAUAUAUUAUAAAAGAUAAUGGAUAUAAUAUUUAAAGAAAAAAAUGUUGUCUUUUUGUUUUAUAAAA